AACAAAGCAAACUCCGGGAGAUAGCUCAGCUCUAUUUUUCCGGGAGGGGGAAUCAAUAGUAAAUCAUACGAUAAUACCAGUAAUACUCCCUUUCUUCCAUCAGGAUUCCAUCCGUCAAUGAUGUCAAAUCUGAGGCUUCGAAAUGUUUUCCAAUAUCCGGGAGAUUCUGAGAUUGAGCCUGGCCGCGAAGAGCUGGAUGAGGAAGAGCAGGAAAAUACAAUAAACCAAUUAUAUGAUGAAAAUGAAAAACGUAACAAAGAAUAUAAAGUGGCCUUCUCCCUACUCUCCUUUAUAUCAAUUAUUCCUUUUGUCUAUGAGAUGCUAUUGACUACCUUAUCAACCUAUGAAAGACUUCUAUGCAUCUCUAGCAUCAUAUCACUUAUUUUAACAUCUUAUAUGAUGUCUCACCAAUUAUGGCAGAAUUUAGCCCUUUGGCCUUUAAAUUCUCUGCAGACGAAAAAGACAGAGGCCUUCAUUACUUCAAAAAUACUCUCUUCUUUAAACGCUAUGAUUUGUGGAUGCCUGGUAUUGGGUGUGUAUCUAAUAGAAGCAAUGGGCUGGCCGUGCAACUCUCACCUACUUUUAUUUCUGACUCCAGGAGCAAUGUUGAUCGUUGCCUUAAUCGUCCAGGCACUGAUGCAUUCGAUUGAUAUAAAUCAUCUUCAAAGUCUUCGUUACGCUUACAAAGGGGCUUAGGCACCUAACAAAAGCAAUGAACCAAUCAUAGUAUCCAUAUGGCGAAUU